AUCUGAGUUUAUCGAAGAUCUCUAAAUUUUAGCUACGAUUAUGUCAUAUUUCCCAAAAUAUGUGGCAAUAUUUGCCCUCUUUGUCCCGAGUGUUGGUGCGCUGGACGCUUUUAUGGCUGCAGUCUAUGAACAUGCUGUUAUACUACCGAACAGAACAGAAACACCCGUGCCAAAAGGAGGAGCUUUGCUCCUGAUGAACAAGAACAUAGAUGUUUUGGAGAAAGCAGUUAAACUGGCUGCCGGGCAGCAGGGUGCACAUAUCAUCGCUACUCCAGAAGAUGGAAUUUAUGGCUGGGUCUUCACAAGAGAGACCAUUGACCCCUAUCUGGAAGAUAUCCCAGACCCUGAUGUGAACUGGAUUCCAUGUAGAGAUUCCCAGAGGUUUGGCUACACCCCAGUGCAAGAAAGACUCAGCUGCCUGGCCAAGGACAACUCUAUCUACGUUGUGGCAAAUAUUGGGGACAAGAAGCCAUGCAAUGCCAGUGACCCUCAGUGUCCCCCCGAUGGUCGUUACCAGUACAACACCGAUGUGGUGUUUGAUUCUCAGGGAAAACUGGUGGCACGCUAUCAUAAGCACAACCUUUUCAUGGGUGAAAAUCAAUUCAAUGUACCCAAGAAGCCUGAGGUUGUGACUUUUGACACCAUCUUUGGAAGAUUUGGCAUUUUCACGUGCUUCGAUAUACUCUUCUAUGAUCCUGCUGUUACUCUGGUGAAAGAUUUCCAUGUCGAUACCAUAGUCUUCCCAACAGCAUGGAUGAAUGUUUUGCCACAUUUGUCAGCUAUUCAGUUCCACUCAGCUUGGGCAAUGGGCAUGGGGGUCAACUUCCUUGCAUCCAAUAUACAUCACCCCUCAAAGAGAAUGACAGGAAGUGGCAUCUAUGCACCUGAUUCUCCAAGAGCAUUUCAUUAUGAUAUGAAGACAAAGGAGGGAAAACUCCUUCUCUCACAACUGGAUUCUCACUCACACAGCCCUGUAGUGAAUUGGGCUUCUUAUGCCAGUAGUAUAAAGGCAUUCUCAACAGGAAAUCAGGAAUUUAAGGGUACUGCCUUUUUUGAUGAAUUCACCUUCUUGGAGCUCACAAGAGUCACAGGAAAUUACACAGUUUGUCAGAAAAAACUCUGCUGUCAUCUAAGCUACAAGAUGUCUGAAAAGAGAAGAGAUGAAGUUUACGCCCUGGGGGCAUUUGAUGGACUACAUAUUGUCGAAGGGACGUAUUAUUUACAGAUUUGUACCCUGCUGAAAUGUAAAACAACAAACUUAAACACUUGUGGUGGUGCAGUUGAAACAGCUUCUACCAGGUUUGAAAUGUUUUCCCUCAGUGGCACUUUUGGAACUCAGUAUGUCUUCCCUGAGGUGUUGCUAAGUGAAAGUCAGCUUGCACCUGGAGAAUUUCAGGUGUCGAGUGAUGGACGCUUGUUCAGCGUGAAGCCGCCAUCUGGACCUCUCUUGACCGUGACUCUAUUUGGGAGAAUGUAUGAGAAGGACCAGACGUUAAAGGCUUCAUCAGACCCCCAGGCACAAACACUGGGAAUAAUGCUCUUAGUCAUAAUGCCAGUUGUGUGCUCAUUAAGUUGGUAGAAUAUCUCCAUUUGCUCUCUUUUAUUUUGUGUAAUUAAAAAAAUGAUGGAUGAGAAAAGAAGGAUGAAGAUCAUAACAGUGAUCAUGGUCUCUUGUACAAAUGAUUAGAAAUAUAUAUACAUAUAUAGUUCACUAUUUUUACAUACACACACACACACACACACCCCAGAUAAUAGAAGCCAGAUAAACAGUGACACAACUUUGAAAGGUAAAAUCUAUAAAAUGAGGGUAACAGUUUUACCCACAUUUUAGGUGGUUUUUUUUUUUUUUUUGGUGAAAAUUAAAUAAUUGAAUGCAUUUAAAGUCCUUAGACAAGUUUCUGGAUCAUGGAAAGUACUCUAUAUGUGCUAGCUAUUAACAAUGUGUAUGACUAUCACAAUAAAACCAUGUGUGAUAUACUUAUUGCUAAAAUUACAUCACCUCUGAUUGUCUAAAGUGUAAACAUCUUCCCCUGGCUCAGCCACCCUGCAUAUUUCAGUUAGAAACUCAAUGAACUCAACAUCAGUUAAUUGGUUUUGGCUCGAUACCUAACAAUGAUUAUCCCAGAAGGCAGCUGGACUUAACACCUAGGAACUUAUUAGAGCGCCUCCACUUUUUUGAGUGUUUUUCAGUGCCUCUUCAGUGUUUUACCUAUCUUAUCAGCCUAUAAGCAUAUUAAUAGGGUGGUUCUAAACCAAACAUUUACCAAAUCUGGACUGUGAUCUGUUUUUGCAUGGCCUGUGAGCUAAGAAAGGUUUUUAUGUUUCUAACGUGUUGAAAAACAAAGAAGAAUCAAAAGAAGAAGAAUAUUGUGUGACACAUGAAUGUGAUCUGAAAUUCAAAUUUCAGUCUCCAUAUCUAAAGUUUUAUUGAACACAGCCACAUUUAUUUAAGUAUUGUUGAUGGCUGUUUUUAUUUUAUGCUGUGGUGGUGAAGUUGGGUAGUUAACUAGACGCUAUGGCCAGAAAAGCUGCAAAUAUUUACUGCCUGACCCUCUACAGAAAAAGUUUGUUGACUCCUGCACGGAAGUAAAAUAACAAUGGAUUUUAGUAUUGAAAACCUUUAAAACAACUUAGUGGGCAAAUUGCCUUUAAGUGUCUUUCUUGUAAUUCUUUCACAAAAGGAGAAAUAAAAUAUCUUUAUUUGCUUUGUAUGAUACACCAUCACACACACAAGAUUACCCUGAUUAACUUAAACCAAAUGUGCUAAGUAAACAAAUAGCCCAAAUAAGUGAAGCUAAUUUUUAUGAACAUUAUUGAUAUUUAUUCACUAUAAGAUACACACCACAAAGUGUUUUUUUGUUUUGUUUUGUUUUGCAUUUGGUAUGUUCUAAAAUUCCUGAGAGAAAGCAUAUUAGUUUUUAUUUUCAAAUUUUUCCUGGAAAUCAACUAAGAACUACUCAUCUGAACAUACUCUCUCAUAUUUUCCCCUGUGACAAACUUAACUAGCUUGUCUUAGCAUGAUUUUUCUUAAUUUUAAACAUUACAAGUAGUGAAUUUACUUUUUAGAAAUGGUAUUUACUCUGUCCAUACCCAGCUCUGGUUACUUUUUCACUCUGGAUUUCUUUAACACAUACAUAUUUUAUGAUAGCUUUGAUAUGCUUUUUAACUGUGAUUUUUAUUUCCUCUGCAUAAAACAUUUGCGAUGCUCUUUUAAUACAAACAACGCAAUUCCAAAAAAUAUCAAUGCUCAAAUAUGUUUUCCUUAAUCUCUUUAUACCUUGAUGAAUUUGAGUGGUCCAGAGAGCAAUUUUCGACGCUCCCUCAUUUAAAGAUAUAAUUUGUUAUCAACCUCGUGAUGAUGUAAAACACACAGACACACUCUACACGUAGUAGCCCUCUUCCAAGAUGAUCCCCAAUGAUCCCCACCUCCAGGCUCCAUGGAUAAAUUCUCCAUGAUUGUUUUGUUGCUAUUGAUUCUUGUAUUUCUUUCUUCAUUUUUUUCUUUUUUAGAGAGAGACAGACAAAGAGUGAGCACAUGAGUCGGGGGGAGGGGCAGAGGGAGAGAGAGAAUCUCAAGGAGGCUCCAUGCCCAGCACAGAACCCAAAACAGGGCUCAGUCUCAUGACCCUGAGAUCAUGACCUGAGCUGAAAUCAAGAUUUGGAUGCUUAACUGCCUGAGCCACCCAGGCACCUGUGAUUCUUAUAUUAUUUCUUACAUAGUUUCUGAGCCUUGUCACUUAUAAUAAAUCUGAAUCCAUUGCCACUUUUACUGUAA